GAUUUACGCAUAGCAGAAGGAGCACUCGUGCGUGGAAGACGAAGAAGGAAUCGAAUCGAUCGAAGCAGCGGCAGAGACACAGAGAGAGAGAGAGAGAGAGAGAGAGAGAGAGAGAGAUUUUCUCCGAUCAUCGUCCUGAUUGUGAGUUCGGUUACGGAUUGGAACUUCGGAUUACUAUUUCUGAUCAUCCGGCGUGGUGAAGCUUUAACCUCGAUUUCGUGCGUGAUUUGAGGGAGGAGAAUGGCGAUGGGAGAGGGCGUGAAAUGCGGUGUGGCGGACGGGGAGUUGGAUGAGAUGCUAGGGUUUGGGUGCGUGAAGUACACGAGGGGCCUGGGGAGGAAGAGGAUCGUCAUCUCGAGCAAUGCCGAGACGUCGCCGAGCGAUUCGGCCAUGGGAGCUCCUCUGAAGAGACAGUGCAGCGGGAGGCUCUCAGUCGAAUCCGACAAGUCUGCUCUCGAGACGCUUCCGCAGGACAUUUUGAUUCGGAUUCUAUGUGGAGUGGAGCACGAUGACUUGAAGCAGCUGAUUCAGGUGUCGAAAUCGAUCAAAGACGCUGCUGUCAUAGCGAAGCAAUGGCACUUUGCCUACAAAACCCCUACCAAAACCCGUGCCUUCAGAACCUCAAUUGACCUCGAGGACCCGAGCGCGUUCGAUGAUAUUGAAACUCCAAAGGCCCCAUUGAGGUGUUUCAAGCCCCGGCUCUGCAGGAGGAAGCUUGUGGAAAUCUCGACAGUCCUAUUCGAUUCACCCUAGACCAAUACAGCAGAGAAUAGGUCCCGUCACUGUAAUACCGAUCACUCGAGGCCUUGAUCGGGUUUGGUGUUUCUCUGUAGGUAAAUUCUCUUUAGAGGAAAUGCGAGGAGGUGCUGGGAUAUGAAGAAGGAGAGACCUCAGCUCUUUUUGUGGGUCCUUGCUUUACAUGUGAAGAUGGUGAUUUAUACAAUCGGGGGGCCGAUUUUCUUCAACUGGUUUCACUGAAGAUCCGCUCGGUCUUUCUGAACAUGCCACGGUGCUGUUGUUCAAUCAAUGUCUGUACAUGUAUGGAUAGUUUAGGGAGAUUUAUAGAUUGAAAUUGUUCCAUUUUUUGAUGUAGUUGGAUAUGGAAGGGCUUCCCUAGAAGCUCCUCUGUUCUGAUAAAGAUGAGGGAUGUGUACAGUUCAUUGGUUAAUAAGAAUAGAGAGGAAACGUUCUCUGUGUCUGUC